AAGAUAAGUGCUAAAUUCUGGCAAAACUCCUGGAUCCAAUAUUAAGCUCAAUCUCUGUUUUACAAGGGAGUAAAAAAUACCUCACUCAGCAAAGAGCAGCUCCAAAAGCUGGGAGUCUUUGUGUGUGACAUGAAGCCAUCCACCAUCACAGACUCUGACCCGGCAAUCCUGGAGAAUUUGAAAGAGUGUCCAGAUCUCACAGCUGCUCAGAUUACAGCCCUCAGGAUGCUCCUGGCCAGUGGGAAUACCUUAUAUGGAUUUCCUGCCUCCUGGGAUGAAUCAACCCUUGAAAACCUUGGGCCUCUUGCUUUCUACAUAAAUCACACUAUCUGGGAUUCCAUUGACAAGGAAGAAAGGAUGAUCUUCUUCAGAAAGGUGAUGAAUGGAUACAACAGCCAAAGAGCUUUUCCAAAGGCAAAAACAAUCCUCUUCUUAAAAUCGAUUGGAUCUAAACCAGCUUCCCCUCCUAGAACUAAACGGGCGACUGAAACUUGCCAGUCUGCUCCCAUCACCCAGCAGCAGCCUAGAAGAUCCGCUUUUCAUAAUUCACUACGACAGUGCCCAGCAGUUGGAUGCAUGUCUGAGUGAUGAAGUUGUGAAGGCCAACCUGGCUCUUUUGCUUUGAUCAGCCCUUCCAAAUGACUACUGGGCCAUAAUUAAG